GGCCCCGGGGCGGGCGGGGGUCUCCACCCAUGGCGAUGCUGCUGGACGGAGGAGCGCAGUUCCCCGCGCUGGGAGUCGGGGGCUUCGGGGCGCCGCGCCCCCACGAGCUGAGCAACCGGGAGGCGUCGGGGAUGGGGCUGAACCCCUUCGGGGAGUCCCCGCACGCCGCCGCCGCGGCCGCCGCGGCCGCCGCCUUCAAGCUGAGCCCCGCGGCGGCGGCGGCGGCGGCGGCGGCCCACGACCUGUCCUCGGGCCAGAGCUCCGCCUUCACCCCGCAGCCGGGCUCGGGCUACGCCAACGCGCUGGGGGGCCACCACCACCACCAUCACCACCACCACCACCACCACGCCGGCCAGGUGCCCGCCUACGGGGGCGCGGCGGCGGCGGCGGCCGCCUUCAACUCCACCCGGGACUUUCUCUUCCGCCAGCGGGGCUCGGGGCUGGGGGAGGCGGGCUCGGGGGGCGCCGGCCAGCACGGGCUCUUCGCCGGCUCGGCCGGGAGCCUCCACGGGCCCCCGGGCCUGGCCGAGCCGCCGGGCUACCUGCUGUUCCCGGGCCUCCACGAGCAGAGCCCCAGCCACACGUCGCCCCCGGGCCAUGUGGACAACAGCCAGGUGCACCUGGGGCUGCGCGGGGAGCUGUUCGGCCGGCCGGACCCCUACCGGGCCGUGGCCAGUCCUCGGACCGACCCCUACGCCGUGGCCGGCGCCCAGUUCCACAACUACAGCCCCGUGAACAUGAACGUGGGCAUGAACGUGGCGGCCCACCACGGGCCCGGCGCCUUCUUCCGCUACAUGCGGCAGCCCAUCAAGCAAGAGCUGUCCUGCAAGUGGCUCGACGACGGCCAGCUGGGCCGGCCCAAGAAGAGCUGCGACCGGACCUUCGGCACCAUGCACGAGCUGGUCACCCACGUCACCAUGGAGCACGUCGGGGGGCCCGAGCAGAACAACCACAUCUGCUACUGGGAGGAGUGUCCCCGCGAGGGGAAGUCGUUCAAAGCCAAAUACAAACUCGUCAACCACAUCCGCGUGCACACGGGCGAGAAGCCCUUCCCCUGCCCCUUCCCGGGCUGCGGCAAGAUCUUCGCCCGCUCCGAGAACCUCAAGAUCCACAAAAGGACGCACACAGGUGAGAAACCUUUUAAAUGUGAGUUUGAAGGCUGUGAUAGACGCUUUGCAAAUAGUAGUGACAGAAAGAAGCAUAUGCAUGUGCAUACAUCAGACAAGCCAUAUAUCUGUAAAGUGUGUGACAAGUCUUACACGCACCCCAGCUCUCUUAGGAAACACAUGAAGGUUCAUGAAUCUCAAGGGUCAGAUUCUUCCCCUGCUGCCAGUUCAGGCUAUGAAUCUUCCACUCCACCCGCAAUAGCUUCUGCAAACAGUAAAGAUUCCACUAAAACCCCUCCUUCCGCAGUUCAGACUAGCACCAGCCACAACCCCGGACUUCCACCCAAUUUUAACGAAUGGUACGUCUGAGGAUAAAAACACACAAAGCAAAAAACAAAAACAAAAACUUAAUUAUAGAACGGACCAAAUGAUUUUUUUUAAAAGACAGAAAACUGAAAACAGUCAAACGGAAAUGGAGUUUUUACGCAAGCAACGUAUAGGGCUACAUCUUGUUAAUUGCAAUUACCAGGAAGGCGUUUUUUUGUGUUUUUUUUUUUUUUUUGGUGUGGUUUUUUUUUUUUUUUACCAUUUGGGCAAGAUCCAGCCUCUGAAGCAACCAGGCCCUUUUCUCAGGAUUAGAAAACAUGUUUUGGCAUUCGAAGGAAUUUCUUUUAUUUUCUCUGCUCCCCCUCCCCCUUCUCUUCCCUCCUCCCUCCCCUCCAUCCCCCUGCGCCCCUUCAUUUUAACACUGUUGUCCUGUUUCGCGAGACGAAAGUUAAAGAAGGCUUUUCGGUGAUAUUAAAAUGAUGGGAAUUCUCCUUCGCCUUAGUGGUGAUUGUUAAACUCUCACAGUCUUAAACCGUGCCAAAGUCCUGUUAUGUCUUGAACUUUUUCUCAAAGCAUUACACUUGUGAAUGUAUUCUUGUCUAAUGGGGUCGAAACUGUUGUUCAGUAUUUUUCCAGGAUGAGGAUGUGGUGUUACUCUACACAGAUUGUGACCGUUUAGUAUACAGUUGCCUUUUGUAAUAACUUUUUUUUUGUAAAUACAUAUCCAUGAUGCCAUAUUUAUCGUUUGUAAUUUAAUUAUUGAUACAAGUGCCGGGAACUGAACAAUAUUUAUGGAAAAAAAAUUUUCUAACAAACUCUGUACAGCUUUUGGUUAUAACUGCUUUAGCAUUAAAAGUUUAUUGUUUUGAAAGAACAACCCAAUUUACAGUUUUUGAACCACUGACUCUUUUUCUUGUUUUGUAACAUCCUCUUUCUAUACAGCCUAGGAGUGAGUAAAUUUAAAUUUAUUUGAUGGUAUUUAUAACUCAUUCAGAUUUUUUUAUUGUAAAGUUAUUUUUCUAUUGCAGUUCAGAUGACUUACAUGGUGUCAGUUUCUAUCUGGGAAGGGCUCUCUCUCUCUUUUUUUUCUCUCCCCUAGUUCAGAUGGCUAUUUUAACAUUUAACAACAAAUUUAAUAUGUUUGUCGUUGGAUUUUUGGCAUGCAAAUCAGAUAUUACAAUCAAUUCAGUUAGUGACCGUGACAUCUCAAUCUUGCACUUCAAAGACUGAGAAGCUGGAUUUAAUCGUCCCGCGCUGCAUAUGUAAACAGAAGAAGGUAAACGUAAUGAGUUUUAUGUCUGUUUGUUCCUUACUAUUUUACUGAGGAUCGAACAGUGCGGCAUUAUGCAUGUGUGUAUGUUUUCAUAUAUAGAGAUACACACAUACGCAUACCUAUGUGUGUAUCUAUAUGUAUUUGCAAGAGAUAGCAUGAGUCUGGAACAACUUGAUGGUGAGUAAAAGGAUCAGUUCGAUGUGUUCACUUCAGAUUAAAGUAAGUGCUUCUUAAAUGAUAGUUUAUUGGAAUUAUAGAAGGGAAAGGUCAGUUUAUUUUGCUGUAUAUAGUUCAGUACACAGCUAUCAAGAUUAUCCAUAACAUUUAUACAGCCAUUAUAAUGACUGCAGCAGAACUGUAGAGACACUAUGGAAAGAAAAUCAUUUGCAAAAAUGUAUUUUUAAAAUACGAUUAUUUGUAGGCCAAGAUGUUGAAAUCAUUAUUUCCAUUAAAAUCAAUAACGGAAGAAACAUGGUUGUUUGCUUUGUGGUAAAAUAUGAACAAAUUUUCUCCUUCUGGCAAAAUGACUUCCCUGUUUUUGAACAGUUAUACAAUUCUACCGAUAGGGAACACUUAGGUCCUUUCAUUUUGUGGGGUGGGCUAUUAAGGGUCCCUUGCUGAUGAAUUUAGGCCAUACUUUGUGGCUUCAAAGCCCACUUCUUUGUGGACCCCGUGUUUACAAAUCCGAAUGGGAAAAAGAAGAUAUAAAACUGUAAAAGAAUCGAGGAUUUAAUGACUACUUUUUUCACAAAUGAAUAGGAUGGCAAAGGUUGAGGGUCUUCAGGAACAUAAAGUUUUUUGUUUUUGUUUUUUGGCGGGGUGGAGGUGGUGGGGGGCGUUAUUUUUUUUUCAUGAUUCCCGUGCCUUUUUUGCUUUGCAGAAACGAAGGUCUUAGUUCACCCUGGUUGCUUUUAUAAUGCAUUUCCAUUGCUUUUUAAUGGCCUCUCCGGUCUAACUUUUCUUAAAAGUGAAUUUAAUUCUCUGGGGAUCUGGUGAUUUAAUCGGAAUUUUAUUCGUUUUUCUGAACUGUUUAAAAAUGAACCAAUAAUAUUUUAAAAUGCUACCUGCGGAGUUUGGCAAUGGAGUAUGAAUUAUUGAAAAAAGAAAACAAACCACUCCUAGGUGGUUGCGUGAGAGGCAGCAUUUAGGUAGGUGCCCACGGAGUGGUUCUGCUUUAGAGUCCAAGAACUGGCUUUCGGCCCCAACUGGGGCGAGGAAACCGAUCGUUUCUGUAAAUUGGGGUGUUCCGAUUCUGGCUCAAAUGAGAGGGCAUGUGAGGAGAACUGUAAAAAGUCUGAGCACUGGCUGAGAGUGCUGCACCUUUGAAGAGCGGGAACCCUCUCCCUUCCUCCCCCUCCUCCCUCCUCCCUUCCCUGUUUCCUCUCCCUUUCCCUCUCCAGACAACCACAUCUUGAACUUGACAUUGGGGAUUGUUGGACCAAGGUCUCUGUUGACUGGAUUCCUGUUUCAGGAUUUUUCUUUCUUUGCAUAACUCAAGCUCUACCACCACUCAUCUAAAAAAGCUCCGAACAACGUUUCCCCAAAGAAGAGCCUGCCUAUCAAUGAGUUCAACUUUAAAUUGUACUCGCGUGAAGCACAGUUUGGAAUUUUCUUCCAGAAAUGCACCCUUUAUUCCUGAUGUGGGUAUUUUAUUGAAAAAAAUUCCAACUUCGUUUUUUCGUGGCUCUGUAGGUCUACCAAUGCAAUUAUGGAAGGAAGGGGGGGAUAUAUUCGAUCUACACAAAAUUUAUAUCUUUCCAGCAACUAAAAUCUUUCUUUCAGCUUGAUGUACUUUAGCUUCAGCUCAGUGAAUUUGAAAGCUUAAACUACCAUCGUUUUUACACUCAGUCCAGAGGAAGAAAAGCGAAAUAUUUUAAAAUUAUGUUUAGGAAAAGUAAUUGCUACAGAUUUUGUCGCAUAAAAAAUGAUCGAUUUUGAGUUUCCAAAAUAUGUUUGGCUUGACAAGUGAAAAUCCGGAAUUUGCCUUUAAUACAUGACAGAAAUCCAGUGAUAAGGCUUGUGCUUUAAGGAAUUAGUACUCUGCAUAUAUAUAUGUAUAUGUAGAUGUGUGUGUAUAUGCAUACACAAUUUGCCGUUUAACUUCCAAUAGAUUUAAACGUCAAACCUGCAAAUUGAAAUAAUUUAGAAACACCAUCAAAUGAAGAUCUUGACUGGUGGUGUGCUCCUACAGUAUGAGGAGUAAAAAUUUAUUUCACGCAACCUGGUGACACUAAAAAAAAUAGUUUCUCUAAAUUGAUUAUCGAACCUGUUACCUCGGAAACAGGAGCGGGAGAGGGGACGAUGUUGGCGACGGGGACUGGAGAGAGAGAGCUUUUAUAUGUCAGAAAAAAUUCCCGGCUCGAUUGAAUCCUAAUUCCAAGGCAGAAGAUUAAACGUUGGGGUUCAGGAUAACAAACGGAAACCCAUUUUUCCCACGGAUUUUGUUGUCCUCGUGAGGGAGAACGAAGGAGGAAGGGUGGAAUCGUUUUAGAAAACCUUGAUUUUUGUUGAUCCAGAGGGCUUUCUGAGCCAAGAAAUUUGCCCCCUCCCUUCCCCAUCCCCUUUUUUCUCUUCCGAUUUUUAAAAGACCCCUUCUCAAAUAUUCGUCGAGGAAGCGCCCCCCAAAAGCAGCCAGGCAAGUCGAUGGUGGCAUUCGGGUGCCCCUCGUCCUUUAUACUUCAGGUGCCUCUUCUCCCUCAGGGGUUGAGAGCCCGGGCAGAGGCAGGGAAGGAAGGAAGGGGGGGAGGCCGGCCGAAAUUCGACCGAGCCGCAGCCCUUUUCUGAGAAAAGGCCGCUCGUGUCUGAGGGCCAUUUUUUGAGGCGAGUCCUGCGGCCCUCGGGCUCCCCUCAGGCCUCCCCUCAGGGACUGGACAGGAGGCGGCCGCGAGGAAACCCUAAUGCGGCCCAAGCGGGACGGGAAACAAUCACCGGUUUGCCCCCCUCCCCCAAAUGAUAUUGAAAACCAAAGUCUGUCAGCAGCCGAGGCUUCGUCCCCGCCUCCGGGCCGGUCCGGGGCGUCGAGGUCCAGAGUCUCACCGCCGGACGGACGGACGGACGGCCGCCGCGUUCCGGGCCAGCGGCCCCCCGACCCUGUCCAAAAGAGAGUUCUGCUGGUGGUCUUCCAAGAAAGGGAGGGAAGCCAUGAUCGCGACAACUUUCAUUCAGGCUGAGCUUAAAAUGCCUUAGAACCGCAGCGUGAAAGAAGAGCUCAUGUUAAUGGUUGGAUCUAAAAGCUUCCUUGUUUCCUCAGCAGAAAGACUGAACCUUUUGAUGGAGUAUCCUAAGACCCAAGAACAGUAUUUUACAGCAUGAAAAAUAUAGCCUGGACAGUGCAAGUUGUAUAGAUGCAUCUCCAUAACUUGAUCUUAAUUCAGUGCACUGAAUUAUUUGAUGGAUAAGUUACUGAAGAUGAUGCCUGGUCUGAAUUUACUUGAUGAAGUCUUUUUUGAGAAUGAUUUUUCUCCACCCAUCCUGGAUGGGGUGUCAUUUUUUGUAAGGAAACUGACCUGCACGUGUUUCUCUCCUGCAUUCAGUGAACUUUACCUCUCUCUGCUGGGGCUGUAACUUCUGACCAUUGGCAUAUUAAAUGAAGAUGCACAUUUGAGUAACAUCAGUGAUUUCAAUUGACUCAUCAGUUGCCAGUUCAGAGCAGUCAUCACGCUUCCUUUGCUAACAAGCUGAUGUUCCCCGUCUGAUGCCAACAACUCCGUCCUUCAAACAAAUGACAUGUUGGAUAAAGAAAUCUUUCACAUUCAUUAUGUACUUCAGCUUUUGUCUUUCCUUCUAGUACAGCAUCUGGUGCAGCAGGGAUACAUUCCUUGAUCGUUUGAGUCAGCAGUGAUUUUGGUGCCUGCCCAGUCUCUCAAGAGAUGUGAAAUGAAGCUUCCGUUGCAUACUAUUGAGGACCAGAAAUCCCAUUCUGGCCAGGGUUUAUUACCAAAACGUGCUUCCUAUUAAGAGACAGUGCUAUGGCAAAAGAGAGGGGCAACUACAGAAAUAGGUCGGGGGGAGAGUUUAGGAAAUCUUUAUUUUUCUGGUAUGUGCCAAAAUUCUGGGAAAAACCUAAAGUUACUUAAACUUUGUAGAAAUUCUACAGUGCUAGGAGGAUUUUGUAUUUGUAGUUGGGGAGAGCUAUUUGGAGCAUGACAUGAAAAAUCCCAGUGGUGUAGAACAUUUUAAACAUAAAAAUAAAAAUGUUAAUACGAUGGACUAUUUAGAGCAUUUUGCUUAACUGCAUAAUUUUCUUAUGUGCAUAAAAUAGAAGGAUCUCAAUCUUCAGUUUGCAUGCGCCUGGAUUGCAUGCAUCUGGCUCCAUUAGAUUCCAUGUAAUUGCAUAUUGACUAAUUACAUAAUACUGCUAUUUGAGUACUGAAUUGAAGUCCAAAUGCUGCUAUUAACAGUGUAAUCAUUUGGGAUAAGUGAAUAGUUGAAAUAUAGUACUUGAAAAUCAGGGCCAAAUAUAAUAAUCACUUUUCUAUUUCUAAAGCGGAAGAAAUCAUGGUAACAUUUUUAGGUGAAGUCAGAAUUAUUUUAAUUUUUUUUCUAAUUGAAUUGUUUAAAAUGCAGAACUGUUCACAUUACAUAAUUAAUGCCAUACAUUGUCCUAAUAUUGUUUUUUUAAUGCUGUUUCCUUUAAAGGUAUUAUGCAUUUUCACAUGCAUUACAAAUUAGUAUUGGAAAAUUAAAUCUUUUUUUGAAAGGUAA